AGCCAUCUUGUCAAGAGAGACAGAGUGAGGGAGGCUGGAGCUGUAGGCGCUGCUCGGGUUAUCUUCUGUUUUCAGCGUCAAAUUUAAGAACCUCUUUCUUCCUCCACCGCAGUUAGCUUCACAGGAAGUGUCGCCGGCGGAGGUGCUGAAGCCGCGGAAGUGAGAGGACACACCGGGCCGCUUUCGGGAAGAUGUCUCGCAUACUUGUUCCGACGUAGGGGGAGUGUGCAGCAGCCACUUGGCUUGAAUUGUUAGCUAGCUCCGUGAGUGGAGGGCUGCGGGCCCUCCUCAGCCUAAAGUAGCUCCUGCAGCUGUGCAACACACUCUGCGACAACGGCCGCUCGACAACUGGACAACCGGGACGUUAGCAGGCCGGUCCGGACAGACAGGGAGCCCCGGGGCAGCCGCCAUACGGGCCGCCGAUAUCCGAAGCCGCACUGCCGGACGAGACGACACAAAGUGCGGCGUUGCGUUAUGAGCUCAUGAAACGCAACAGGAGACCGAGAGAGGAAGAGGAUGGCGCAGAUUCAUCUUGAUUACAGUUAGGUAGGCUUAAAAAUACAUGCAGGUCCGCUGUUUAAUGUGAUCUAAGCUCUUCAAAGCUGCAGCCAGCUCGUCUCUUUUUGACGGAGGAUCAACAUAGCCAUACGGGACUUGGAAUCAGGCUGUCAAUAUGUCGAAAAUGCCGGCCAAGAAAAAGAGCUGCUUUCAGAUCACAAGUGUGACUCAGGCCCAGGUGGCGGCUAUAGGGGCCACCGACGACACGGAGAGUCUGGAAGACCCGGACGAGUCACGGACUGAAGAUGUGUCGUCGGAAAUAUACGACAUGUCCCGGGCUGAGUAUGAGCCAGCGUGCGACAGAAGUUCAUCGGAAGAAGCCCUGAAUAAUGUCGGAGAGCCGGAGGCGGUCAGUGCUGUGGCUCCAUCCAACGUACCUCAAGCCAGUCAGCUGUCUGCGCUGUCAAACAACCCAAUAGGGGAGUUUAGAAAAGUGGGAGUGUCGAGCUCAACUCAAGGUGGUCAGCAGCAGCUGGGGAUUGGAGGUACAGCUGGUUUACAAGUCAUCCCUCAUCCAGGGGCCAUGCAGCAGAAGCCUGCAGCCAGUGUUGGGCCAUCCAGUGUGUCAGUAAACACACCUCAACCUGCUGCAGUGACCAGCUCAGCUCCCCCUCCUGCCACCUCCACAGUGAGUUGCACUUCACGGUUCAGGGUCAUUAAGCUCGAUCAUGGUACUGGAGAACCCUUCCGACGAGGCAGGUGGACAUGUACAGAGUUUUAUGAGAAAGACUCAGAGGGCUCUGUUGUUAGUAGGACUGUAGAUAGCAUACGACAUCCCAGUGCAACACUGGACCCUGCUGCAGACAGAGACAGUGGGCUCGGGCUAACAGGUGGAUCUGUGGUUGUGCCAGCAACACACUCAGGUCAGGGUUUGGGCUCCAUGGCAGAUGCUUCUGGCUCUUCGACUCGCAUGCAUCCAGUGGAGACACCACCGCAGCAGCAACUCCAUCAGAACUACAGGCAGCAGGGUGUCAGUGGUUCGGUCACACACAGUACUUUUUCCAGCAUCAAACCUACAGCUGUCCCAGCACAGCCAGCGGUAGGAGGCCUCCAACCUCCUGCUACCCAGAACGCGCUGCCUGUCGGACAAAAUGGCCUGCCUCAGUCUGGUGUCCACAUACAGAAGUCUCCCAUCAUGCCUCCCUCAGCCCAGCCCAUUGCUUAUCCUCCCCAGCAGCAGCAGCAACAGCAGGUUCCUGUGGGCCACCACCUGACCAGCCAGUUGACUGGACUGAUGCAGAACCAGUCUGAGUACUAUCAGCAGCAGCAGGCUACUUCCAUGCUGCCAGGGCUUGCCACUGGCCAGUCCCUCCCAGUGUCCAGCCUCUCUGCAUUACCGCAGCCUUUGGGACAAGGACCCACUUCGGUCCUACCUCCACCCUCUGGAGGGGUUUCUGUGCCAAGUCAGGUUGGAGAUGUUGCCGGAGCAGGAGGAGGAUCUGUACCUGCUGGACAACCAGCUCCAGCCGUCUUGCAGCAGCAAACUGUAGGACUGGGAGGUGCUGGAGGCUCCAUAGUGGUUGGUGGAUCCACUCUGCAGCAGCAGCCCAUGAGUCAGUACGUUACUGCUGGACAGCCUCAACCUCAUGGACAUCCUGCAUCCUCCAGUGUACAAAAUGUGCCUGCCAUCACAGCAAGUUCCAGUGUGCCCCCCACUGUGCCCACUGCUGUGCCCAGUGCCUCCAGUGCAGCCAUGCCAAAUGUGACAACCUCCAGUUUGCCUCCAGGUCAGAUAUCCCACAGCAAGACUCCAGUGGUUUUGGGGGCGCAGGGCCUCCCAGUGACUGGGUUUGGACAGGUGGAGGGUGGUGGUGGAAGGAAGUCAGAGGGACUCAUUAACGCACAGUUUCCUAUUAUCCCUGGGAAGGAAUCGGUGAAGCCCCUCAUGCCUGAGAGCCUGCAGCUCACCACUCCGACUGUCAACAGCCUAUUUGGAAUCCACAUACCUGUCGACGGGGAGGAGGACAGGAAUCCCUCCAAGGCUUUCUACCAGGCCUUCCAGUCUGGCAGCAGAUUAAGAGACUCAAAGGCCCACAGUGAUAGUGCCUCUGGAACCAAUGUUGUUGCCAUUGAUAAUAAAAUUGAACAGGCAAUGGACCUGGUGAAAAGCCAUCUGAUGUAUGCAGUGCGCGAAGAGGUGGAGGUGUUGAAGGAGCAGAUCAAGGAGCUGUUUGAGAGGAACUCCGUGUUGGAGCGGGAGAACGCCGUGCUGAAGUCGCUGGCCAACAGCGAGCAGCUGUCUCAGCUGUCCACCCAGUCGGCCGCCGGCUCCGGCGCCACGCCUCCCCAGCAAGGACUCAGCCAGCCUCAGCAACAGACCCAGCCGCCGCCGCCGCCGCUUCAAGCUCCGCCUCAGCCGCAGUCGCACCCCCAACUCCAGCACCACCCCAAACCCCAGCAGCUCCAGACUCAGCCGCAGCUCGAUCCCGGCCAACAGCAGCAGCAGCAACUGCAACCCAACGUCACCUCCGCUUGAAGUGCAUCUGCCCUGCUUCACACAGGGCAGGAAAAGAAAAAGAAGAGCAUCUUCUCUGCAACUUAUUACAAAUUAGUGUAUGUGAAAUUUAAAAGAAGAAAAAAAAAACUGUCUUCUUAGCCACCAGCUUGACCACAAAGUACAGUGCUUGUGUGUGUGAGUGAGCAAGCGAGACUGUGAAUUGGUGUUUGAAUGUAAGUGUGUGUGCGUCUGUACUGUGGGCCUUUCCAGUGUUAAUGCAAUCAUCUAGUGAGAGAGACGGAGGGACUUGGACAAAGUGUGUGUGGAGACGGAGCAUCGGGGAAGGUCGGGGUGUUUUCUCUUGUUUUUUUUGUUUUUUUUCAUCUUGGCUGUGAUCCCGGAUCGAUGGACUGCUGGGUUCGAGCUUGAGGAGAUGUUUUCUUGGAGCCAAAUGCAUCUUGCGACCUGACCUGCUCAAAGCGUGGCUGUGGAAAAACCAGGGGUUUGCCUUGCUUACAGGACAGAUGGGGAGUGAUUGUCAAAAGAGAGCAAUUAUUUUUUUAAAUGAAAUAACUGCGUGGGUAAAGGGGUAUUUCUAGCCUUGCUGUUUCAUGUUGUAAAGUAAGAACUGGGAGAGAGAGUCUGUUUUUCGGAGCGUCACACCGCUGCCGUUACUUUUUACAUCAAGUCCAACCCUUACAUCAAAUCUUUUGAGUUCUACUGUUGUGUUUUGUUUUUUUUUUAUUUAUUACAGGGCUGCUAUUUUCAUAAAUGAACAAUUUCAUGAAACUUGUUAUCAGUAGCCCUUUGACUCGUUUCCUCUUUUCUUUUACAGUGUUUAAACAGAUUGGCCGCACUUGCCAGGCAAUGCUAUAUAUUUGUUAAAUGUAGGCAAAAAAAUAGAAAUUCUGACAAAUAUUUAACACUAAUGCAGAUUUUCCGCUGCAGUUGCCAAUUCAUAGCUUGAGUCAAAAUCCAGUUUGAAUGUACAUUUUUUUGUAAAGUAUUAAGAGCCUUGAUAGGCAACUCUUCAUAUGUUGACAUCAAAUUUUAUCCUGCGGGAGCAGUUGAUGAAAAUUCAAUUGUUGGUAGUUGAUCUAAAAGUGAAUUAGUAUUGCCACAUCCCCCGCCUUAUUUACAUAUUUUUUUCUCCAUUGUUUUUCCUGAUGGGGCCAGGGGGGGAAAAGCUGUGAAAUCAUUCAACAUACUUUGUAACCAAAGAUGCAAAGCUGUGUAAAUUGAUUAUUUUGAAAUGCACACAUGUAUUUUUUUUUUGUUACUUCCUCCUUCACAAAAUAUUUUUUUGCUGUUCAGCAUGUUCUGCAUGAUCUGUAAUCUUCAAACCACUUUCUUACCUCAUUUUUAUUCAGCACUCUUAUUGUAAGAUAGUCUGUGAACAGUGUAAAUGGGGGGAAAAAACGAUGCGGAGCAGAGAGUCGACAGAAAAAUAACCUAGUGUUACCGACACUAGUCACAGAAAAAAUGAAGUGAGCCAUGUUUUGUUCAUUUAAAUGGUGUUUGAAUUUCAUAUGCCAAUAGUUUUGUUACAUUGCAAAUUUUAAUGUAUUUAAAUAAAAGCAAUAUUCAGAUUCAAAAA